AACGAGUGUCGGGCUGUUGCACGUCAGGCAGGCAAGAGCGUAACAAGCUAAACCAAGUCAAGAAAUAAGCAGGUUGUCUUUUUUUUAUUUCUCCACUGAAAACAGCUGCGUGACAAACAGAAAUUCAACAGAUGAAGCUUUUGCUUUCACUGUAUCGACUACGGAGGGGGAGGGAGAAUAGCGGGCACUGCUAAGUAUCAGAUAGACAGGAAGUGCCAACGCCAGUAUACGAGAGCCUGGCUUGUUAUGUCCACUUGCCAUCCUGCAUCAGGGACGCAUGUUCUGUACCUUCACAAGGGCAAGUUUCAGCAGAUGUGGUUUCCCCUAUCACCAAACGGGAGGCGAUACUUGUCGCAUAUCUGCUUUCUCGAGAGCAUUAAAGGUAUAGAACCCCCUAGGCUGGGUGCCGAAUAUUCCACCCAAGUCUGCAAUGCGAGGAGACGCACUUACUUCGGAGCAAACCCCAUGGAAAUUAAUGCAAUUUACUUCUAAACGGAUACAUACAGCCUCGCUACAUUUGGUUUCGUCACACUGCAACCCCUUGGAGCAGCAGCCAAAAUCCAAACGGCGAAGGGCAAAAUUCGUCUUCAGGGCUUUAAAUAUGGAAAAUGAGAACUCCAAGAUCCCUGUCUAUAGUUUCCAGCACCCCAAAGUGAUCGGUAUGCCAAAAGAUACACAGAUGUCACUUCAUUCAAAAAAGCAAUGUCUUAAGAAAUCAACUGACCUGGAGCCCCUAAAAGUCCCUGAUUUUGCUUUUGGGGAAAAUGUUCAUGUGCGUGGUGCCCUCAAAGACACAAAUCAAAGGCUCAUGAAGACAGCUAAGAAAGCAACACUGCCACCACCUAAGAAAGCAGCAAUAGCAAUUGCACAAAGCCCUAUGAACAAUAGAUACAGACGGGAGGCUGAACUCAGAAAAAAGAACAAGCUAUUGGAAUCUGCUAAAUGUGAAUUGAGCUUAAAGUUGAUGGAAAUGCAGAAAGAUAUGAAGGAAAUGAAGGAACAGUUUGAUAGUCUGGAACAAGAAAAUCAGAAGCUGAAGAAAUUUCAGGAAAGAUGCAUGUUGAUCCUGGAAACCAGGAACUGUGGCCCAGUCCAAUCAGUUACAGACGACAACAUUCUGGAAGAAAAAGAAGAGAACAAGAAGACACAGACUGAAAUAACGGACUUGACAGAGAAGCUUAAUACUGAUCUUGAACUAUUCAUCCAAAUGGCAAGAGAGCAAAAGGAGAAUCUGCAGAAGACCCAGAUCAAAUGGAAGCAGGUAGAGGAGGAGCAGGCCCACUUCUUAGAACAGCAGCAGUCUUUUCAUAGAGAAAUGGAAGACUUGUUUGCCAUCUUGGAUCAGGAAGACAACCUCCUGAAUUCUUCAUAACUAGGACUGAGCCAUGUAUUUAGAGUGUGGUGUGAACUGGUUACUUGAUGAAUGACCUGAUUUAACUUACAAGAAAAAAAUACUUUUGAUCAAAUUAGAAAUAGGAUUUAUUCUGUAUCUAUUCAAUGAAUCCACUCUUGUUGCUUAGCCUCAGUGCAAGUAUUCAUUUUUUAUUUCAGGAUAAAUAAAUAGUUAUUCUUUCUGUA